CGUAGAGCUAGAUGCCAAACCUACUAGGUAGACACACUCACACACACGCCAGCCACCCUCGUUACCACAGCUCGCCAGUCACCACAGGCAGGCGACCGUAGCCAUGGACGUGGAAGCGCGCAAGGACUCCCCGCCCGCGCGCCGCAAGGCGCACAGCCUCCUGGUGGCGCUCAACUGCGGGAUGCUCGCGCUGGGCACAACGGGCGGGCCGCUCAUGAGCCGCCUCUACUACAGCAAGGGCGGCCACCGGCAGUGGCUCUCCGCGUGGCUCCAGACCGGUGGUUGGCCGCUGCUGCUGAUCCCCGUGGUGGCGGCCUACCUCGGCCGCCGCUCGCGUGACCGCGGCGCCCCGGUCCUGCUCACCCCGCCGCGCAUACUGCUGGCAGCCGCGGGGCUCGGCGUCGUCACGGGCGCCGACAACUUCAUCUACGCCUACGGGCUCACGUACCUUCCCGUGUCCACCUCCGCGAUCCUCAUCUCCACGCAGCUGGCCUUCACGGUGUUCUUCGCGUUCCUCAUCGUGCGGCAGCGGUUGUCGGCGUCCUCCCUGAACGCCGUGGCGCUGCUGUCGGUGGGCGCCGUCGUGCUGGGCCUGCACGUCUCGUCCGACCGCCCCGCGGGGAUCACCAGGGGCAAGUACUGGCUGGGCUUCGCCCUCACCCUCGGCGCCGCGGCGCUCUACGGGCUCGUCCUGCCGCUGGUCGAGCUCGCGUACAAGCGCGCCGCGGGCGGCGGCCGCGCCGUGACGUACGCGCUGGUGAUGGAGGUGCAGCUGGUGAUGGGGCUCUUCGCCACCGCGUUCUGCACCGUCGGCAUGGUCGUCAACAAGGACUUCGAGGCGAUCCCGAGGGAGGCGAGGCACUUCGAGCUGGGGGAGGCCCGGUACUACACGGUGCUGGUGUGGGCGGCCGUGCUGUGGCAGUUCUUCUUCCUGGGCGCGGUGGGGGUUAUCUUCUGCGUGCACACGCUGCUGGCGGGCAUCCUCAUCGCGGUGUUCAUCCCGGUGACGGAGGUGGCUGCCGUGAUCUUCCUGCACGAGAGGUUCAGCAGCGAGAAGGGCAUCGCGCUCGUGCUCUCGCUCUGGGGCCUGGCGUCCUACUCCUACGGGGAGUGGAGCGAGGCCAAGGCCAAGAAGAAGGAAGCUGCAGCUGCCGCCCAAACCUCCGGAUCAGCUCCCCUGACUUGAGAAAGGAAAGUUCCGAGUCGAAGGAAAGUCACGGAUGAAUAUAAAAAAAAAUAGUAUUUUGUGAGAGUGUGAGCAUUAAAUCGCAGUAAAACACUGUAGCACAAUUACUAUUUGUAGAAGUAUGGUCCCAAAUUUACUGUAUGCUUGUAAGUACCUCUAUAGCGCUAGAUCUGAGUGUUUUAUUUCCGAUCUAACGGUGGAAAAGGGCAGCAAAGUCACAUGUGCACCGGUGACUUUGCUUCCUCAAGGCAGAGGAGCCGGUUCCCCAAACCUCGUGAUUUGUAUGCUCUGCGCCGUUGGAUGGGACAUUGAGAAGGGCUUUCCCCAUUGUACUAUUUGUACAUGUUGUGCACUUGUGCUUGAGGCUGUGGCCGUGGAUGAAGCCGUCAGUCGUAGCCUGCAACUGUGGCGUGCUCUUCAGCUCAGUUCGGAGGGCAACAACUGUAUGUACUGCGUAUGAACGUUUCGCUACGUCUGGAAUCGUAGCAAAAUCGAUCCACUUUGUGUUCCGGAUGGAUCU